GGCCGGUCGGCCAGCCCCGCGGCGCCGCUUCCGGUGCGGGCUCCGCCCCGGCUGUGGCCCCCGGCUGCGGAGGAGUCCGGAGCGCAGCUGCCGCGCCGGGGCCUGAGCGGGUGCCUUCUCCGCCACCCAAGGACCCGGAGUACCCUGCUCAGGUGUAGACCGUGUGCCUCGUGGGCUGUGCUGAGUUCAGAGCCAUGCCACUCUGUGGGUGAAGCCCAAGGCAGCAAUGGAGCCCCUGUCACAACAGCAACAGCAGCAGCAGCAGCAGCAGCAGCAGCAGCAGCAGCAGCAGAAGCAGCCGCCUCUGGCACCCCUGCAGAUGGAUGCCAGAGAGAAGCAGGGCCAGCAGACAAGAGAAACCCAGUUCUUGUAUGCCCAGAAGCUGGUCACACAGCCGACACUCCUGUCUGCCACACCUGGGAGGCCUUCUGGCAGCCCUGCGGUGGGUCCCUUAGUCAGAGUUCCACCGGCCACAGCAGUGGCCCGAGUUUUUGAACGGGGCAACGUGAACUCAGAACCUGAGGAAGAAGAAGGAGACUUGGAAGACGAGGAUGGAGAUGAUGACGUUGCAGAAGUGGCUGAGAAAGAAACCCAGGCUGCUUCCAAAUAUUUUCAUGUGCAGAAAGCAGCUCGCCAAGACCCCAGAGUAGCACCCGUGUCCAAUCUACUUCCAGCACCAGGGCUCCCACCACACGGACAGCAAAUGAAAGAUGACCAUACCAAAGAUGCUUCCAAGGCCCCACCUUCGGUCUCCACGGCAGGGCAGCCGAGCUGGAAUCUGGAUGAGCAGCUCAAGCAGAAUGGUGGUUUGGCCUGGAGUGAUGACGCGGAUGGAGGCCGGGGAAGAGAAAUCUCUCGAGAUUUUGCUAAGCUAUAUGAACUGGACGGUGAUCCUGAAAGAAAAGAGUUCCUGGAUGACCUCUUCGUCUUCAUGCAGAAGAGGGGGACUCCCAUCAACCGAAUCCCCAUCAUGGCCAAGCAGAUCCUGGACCUGUACAUGCUGUACAAGCUGGUGACUGAGAAGGGGGGCCUGGUGGAGAUCAUCAACAAGAAGAUCUGGAGGGAGAUCACCAAGGGCCUGAACCUCCCCACGUCCAUCACCAGCGCCGCCUUCACCCUCAGGACCCAGUACAUGAAGUAUCUGUAUGCCUACGAGUGUGAGAAGAAAGCCCUGAGCUCCCCAGCCGAGCUCCAGGCAGCCAUCGACGGCAACCGGAGGGAGGGUCGGCGGCCCAGUUACAGCUCCUCUCUCUUCGGCUACUCACCUGCUGCUGCUCCUGCCACCGCUGGGUCUCCUGCCCUUCUCUCCCCACCCAAGAUCCGCUUCCCCAUCCUUGGGCUUGGCUCUGGCAGUGGCACCAAUACCAGUAGCCCUCGGAUACCCCCAGCAACCACUCUCAGGAAAGGUGAUGGAGUCCCAGUGACAACAGUGCCCGUGCCAAACCGCCUGGCUGUGCCCGUGACGUUGGCAGGUCAGCAGGCCGGGACCCGGACGGCCACACUGGAGCAGCUGCGGGAGCGGCUAGAGUCUGGAGAGCCUCCCGAGAAGAAGGCAUCAAGGCUGUCAGAGGAGGAGCAGCGCCUGGUGCAACAGGCUUUGCAGCGCAACUUUUUCAGCAUGGCGCGCCAGCUGCCCAUGAAGAUCAGGAUCAAUGGCAGGGCAGAAGACAGAGCAGAGGCCUCGGCUGCUGCGCUGAACCUGACUACGAGCAGCAUUGGGAGCAUCAACAUGUCCGUGGACAUUGACGGCACCACCUAUGCAGGUGUGCUAUUUGCGCAGAAGCCCGUGGUCCACCUCCUGGCGGGCUCAGCUCCCCAGAGCCUCGGCAGCAGCGCCAGCAGUAGCAGCAGCUCUCACUGCUCACCAAGUCCUACCUCAUCCCGGGGCACCCCCAGUGCAGAGCCCUCUACCAGCUGGUCCCUCUGACGGGCAGGACCCAGCCUCCACUCCCCACUCUCCUGCCAAGAGCGGAGGAAGUUGAUGCACAGAAUUUACCUCAUCUCACGGAGCUCUCGUCGAACACCUUCUGGCCAGACAUGGAGAGAUGGAUGUGUCCGUCUGUCCAGGCUCCAUUCAGGUCCUGCUGUACUCGGGGGGCAGGGAGAGGCUGGAGGGGCAGGACGGGCAGCGUUGUCCAAUCAGGGAUUGUGCUGGAGCACUGGGCGGGGGUUUGUGGGCGUCCAGCUUCCUCCAGGGUUCCCGGCCCCUCCCAUCCUGGGCACAGUGUAUCGACAAUCUGCCAGCCGUCACAGGGCUGGAGGCCCUCCAUCCCUUCCCCUUUAAUUUAUUUCCCUGCCCUUCUGCCAUGACCCCUGGGUCACUAGUCUUUUCCCCUGCUCAAUCCCCCCAUUUUUAAGUCCCAGGUGGGGCUGCUAGGAGCCAAGCGCAUGCCUUCAUGGCCCUUCCGCUGAGUGUGGUGUGGGCCUCCUAGCCCACCCUGCCUACCAAUUGUGUCCCGGGGUGUGGGUCCCCUAAAUUCAGGUCUUGAGUCAGUCCUCAGGGUCCCAUAUUCCCCUUUUAUUGGUCCCAAAAAAGAAUACAUGAGGUCAGUCUUCAGUCCCAGGGCCCAGAGGUGUCUGUUGAAGGGGAGACAGAGCCUCAGGGCUGCCCAGGCUCUGGCCUCCAUUUCACAUGGACUCUGUUCUGAUGCCCCCAAACCUCAUGCUCCCCACUCGCCCUAGUUGGCCAGCUCUCCCAAGAACAGCCCAUGUGUCCCUUGC